AUGCGGAAAUCUCUAGCACAUUUUCCUGCUUAUUUGUCACUUUCACUGGCCCUCAUCCUACAAUCCCAGGCCCAAAAUGGCGGACCCACUGUCAUCACCUUGGAAGGCAAGCCAGCUCAGACUAUCCCUAAUCUUUAUGGUAUGAUGUAUGAGGACAUCAACCACGCAGGAGAUGGGGGCUUAUACGCGGAGCUGCUUCGUAAUCGAGCGUUACAAGGCAAAAAUCCCAAAAACCAAGCCGAUGCCUUAGAGGCUUGGAGUUCCAAUGGCAAUAUCAAGCUGGCGGCUGUAGAUCUAUCCGGAUCUCUUCCACUUUCAGAGGCUUUACCGAACGCUUUAGAGGUUACCGUCGCAGCUGGCCAGCAAGGCUCCGUGGUGAAUUCGGGUUAUUGGGGCAUCAAGGUUGAUCAAGCAUGGACCUACACCGCCUCCUUCUAUGCCAAGAUCGCUACUAAAGGGACCAAGUGCGGUCCCGGAAUGAGCGUGCAACUAUUGACUACAGGACAAUCUGGAACUAUCCUAGCUCAAGAAAGCAUCCAAUCAUCGUGUCUUACUGACACAUGGCAAAAGUUCGACGUUCAGCUUCGUCCAAAAAAUUCAGCAGCUGACGCCAAAAACGACUUUGCAAUCGCAUUUACUUCGACAUCAAAUGCCGAUGAAGUGAUUCACAUCACGUUGGCAAGUUUAUUUCCACCAACCUUUAAAAAUCGUCCCAAUGGUGUUAGAAUUGAUUUGGCCCAGGCUACAGCGGCUCUCAAGCGAAGUUUUUUUCGGUGGGGUGGCAACAAUAUCGAAGGUUAUAGUGCAGGCGACAGAUGGAAGUGGGAUCGGACUGUCGGUCCACUGACUGACCGACCUGGACGUAAAGGAAAUUGGGGUUACACUAAUACCGACGGCUUCGGAUUGUUCGAAGUCUUACAGUUCUGCGAAGACUUGAACAUGGAAUUCAUUGCAUCAGUUUGGUCAGGUCUGAGUUUAUCACCAUUCAAGGCUGUACCCGAAUCAGAAAUUGAUAAAUACAUUCAAGAAGGUGUGGAUAUGCUUAAUUUUAUCGUGGGCCCUGCUUCAACAAAAGCAGGUGCUCUCCGCGCCUCUUUAGGUCACCCCGAGCCUUUCCCGGUGCGAUUUGUUGAGGUCGGCAACGAAGACUUUUUUGACUCCGCAACUUAUUCAUACCGAUGGGGGCACCUUGCACCAGCGCUUAUGCAACAGUUUCCUCAGCUCAAGUUUGUUGCCACCAAUGUUCCACACAAACCCGAUCUGCAACCGGAACCGUAUGGCUGGGAUAUCCAUAGCUACCAGACUGCAGAAUGGUAUGUUGCUCAUACUCAAGACUACGAUUCUUAUCCACGAAACGGGCAGAAGAUAUUUCAACUCGAGUCUAAAUCAAAUAUGUCACAGUUCGCUUCUAAUGGGCCCAAGAUAGGACAAGGCCCGGCACGCCCAACACAGGAAGGUGCAGUAGGUGAAGCAGCAUAUAUGACAGGAUUCGAAAGGAACUCCGACAUAGUCGAAGGUAUCGCAUAUGCUCCUAGUUACAUCAAUGUACAAGUUCCUGAAGCAUCACAAUGGCACCCAAAUUUGCUUGGAUUUGAACUUGGCGAUUUGUUUGAUUGCACGAUGUUAACAAAUGUACAUCUUUGCCUUGUCAGUGCUCUUCGUGUCUAUCCCACGACAUCGUACUAUGUUCAACAGAUGUUCGCCACAUAUCUAGGGGAUAAAUAUCUACCUUCCAAUCUACCUUCAAAGACCGACAAAUUGAGUUGGUCAGCUACAGUGUCAUCCUCUGAUGAUCGAUCCACGCGCCAGGUAUCCAUCAACUUACCUUUCACUCCUGGUCAAGUCACGACUUCAACAUUACAAAGUUCCGGAAAUGCUGAUAGUCCACCUGUGACCCAACAAGUGCCAGCUCAAGCGAGCCCGAUCUCACUUUCAUUGUCAUCUCAGAGCGUUACUGUAGUUAUUAUUGCAAGAGGUAGAUAA